ACAUCUUCCUGUGCAUGAUUUUAGGUUCGUCAAGACAAAUUUCGUCAUGACGAAUCCUGGUCUCUCGCAUCACACCCCGAAAUGGCGGCGGACUUCCUUCGUGGAGGCCAGGGCCACCUGGUUCAGCUUCGCCCUUUGAUGAUGAUGAGCCGCAGUCGCAACACUUGCCGCGCCCCUGAGCGGAGUUGUUCAGACUCCCGGGAAACCAAAAGUCAGGACAGGUGCCUUGGCAACGGGGCCUCUCUUCAUUCCCUCUCUUUCGACCCUCCUCUAGACGAGAGAGCAAGCGACCACCAUGGCGAAAGGUUUUACCGUUCUUUUCAGCAUCAUCGUCGUUCUGGUCUGGCAUUUUUCCUUUGUCAGUAUGUAAAUGCUCACGAAGUGACCGCGCGACAUUCAUUGACGCUUGGAGAUACAUAGACCCCGCUCGCGCAUGCAGAAGAAUACUAUAAGGAGACGUAUGAUGACAGCAUUAACUUUCCACUCAAGCGUCGUCAAGAUAUCGAUAGGAAUCAUCUUCU